AUUAGUUAAAGCUUUUUAGAUUAAAGUAACGUUGUAAGAAGAGAGAAGAGAGGGAUGGAUUAAUUAAUCGAGAGAUUUGGCGGCGACAGUUUCCUUUGGGUUUCAGAUUUCGUGAGCUUAUUCUUAGCUUUCUCUCGAAGGCAAAGCUCUCAUAUUUUCUUUUUUUUUGUUCACUCUCAGAUCACGUUCCCUUGUAAGAGAAUCGAUCAAACCCAAUUCGGGGCUUAUUCGCUUGUAUUUGUUGUUUUACAAGAUGGCAUCUGCGACUCUGAGAAGGCGGCUUCAUCACGGGGAUGUAGAUGGGAGGAAGUAUGAGCGUUAUGAUGCAAGUGACUCCGACACUUUAAGUGAACCUUUGUUAGGAAGUAGCGAACCUUUGUUAGGAAAUAGUAGUACUGAUAAUCAUAGUAGAGAUGGGUACAAUGAGGAACGUACUCUGGAGGAUAUUUGGGAAGAAGAACGGAAGAGACAGCAAGUUCACUGGACGUUGAUCUUUUCUCAGUUGAUUGCACAAUGGGCUCAGUGGAUAGCCAAAGUUGUCUUUGGAUCUGGCUCACUUUUUGGGAGGUUUCUUUUUCUGCCUUCAUUUGGUCAAACAGGUGCUGGUGGGAGGCUUUUGCCACCGCCUCUUAGUAUGUUACAGGAAGAAAGGCUGAGAAACAUAAAGCGAAGAAUAGAAAUCCCAUUUGAUGGAUCUCGAAUGGAGCAUCAAGAUGCUCUUAGACAACUGUGGAGGCUAGCUUAUCCACAGAGGGAACUACCACCUCUUAAAUCUGAACUCUGGAAGGAAAUGGGUUGGCAAGGAACAGACCCUUCAACAGAUUUUCGAGGUGGAGGAUAUAUAUCUCUGGAGAAUCUAAUCUUCUUUGCAAAGACCUAUCCGGAAUCUUUCCAGAGAUUGUUACACAAGCAAGAUGGAACGAGAGCCGAAUGGGAAUAUCCUUUUGCGGUGGCUGGCAUCAAUAUCUCAUUCAUGUUGGCACAAAUGUUAGAUCUUCAAUCAGGUAAACCAUCAACAGUAGCCGGGAUAAGGUUCAUGGCAUUUCUGGAAGAAGACGAAAUGGCAUUCGACAAUCUUUACUGUAUAGCUUUCCAAAUGAUGGAUGCACAAUGGCUUGCCAAACGAGCUUCUUACAUGGAAUUUAAUGACGUCCUGAAAUCGACGAGGGCACAAUUGGAACGUGAGCUGGCACUGGAUGAUGUUUCAAGCAUCAGAGACUUGCCUGCUUUCAAUCUUUUGUACAAAUAAAUACAUUACUAAUUAACUUUUUUACUUUCAAAUUUUCCUAUAAUUUGUCUAUCUGUAUGACUUGUAUUUAGAUAAUAAUUUGAGAAAAAUUCAGUGUAAUAAUAUAUUCAUCAUUAUUAUUGCUGAAAUUGCUCGGCAAAUACAGAA